CUCUUAUGCACGUGCCUCUGUCUAUAUAAACAUCGGGUCCCUGCUUCCUCCAAGUCGCUCUUUGCAAUAAAUCUUCCCUCACCUCGCCUCAGGAGCACGGACGACAAAAAACGAUUUGUCCAUUCAUUCUGUGAGUUGCUUUAGCUGCGUAGAGGCACGGACAAGCAAGCCAACUAGCUAGAGAUCCGAUCAAGGCAUAAGAGAGUCGAGGACACAUUCCUAUGGAUUCGAUUGAAGGAUUGAUGGAGGGAUUAACCAUCAAUGGCGGCGUGAUGACGAUUAAGAAGUUGCCACCGGUGCUGGUGAACCCAGAGUCGGAAACUCCCGGGGGAUUCUACUUCUUGUCGAGCCUGGACCAGGCCAUCCCAUUCCCGAUGCAGACCAUCUAUGCCUUUAGGACCAGCAGCGAGACCACGGCCGACGUCCUGAAGCAGUCUCUAGCGAAGGUCCUCGUACACUACUACCCGCUCACGGGGUCCAUGACCCUCGAUCCAGCAGGUCGGUUCAUCGUGGAGUGCAACAAGAGGGGUGUCCCCUUCGUCGAGGCUAUCGCAGACGGAACCAUCGACAUGCUCGGCGAACUCCGGAAGCCCAACGAUGACACUACACGAAAGCUAAUCUAUAUCGACCCAUCCAUAAAGAAUUUUAUGGAGAUUCCAUUAUUGUCUGCCCAGGUGACCAAGUUCAAAUGUGGAGGAUUCACUCUGGGGAUAGCAAUCAGUCACUCGGUGGUGGACGGCGUGUCGGGGAUGAACUUCAUUAACUCGUGGGCGGAGAUAGCCCGAGGUCUAACCCCGUCAGUCAUCCCUUUCCAUGACCGCACUUUGCUCAAGACUAGGGUUCCACCUGUACCCAAGGCCCCAUACGACGACUUUGUUCAGAUCGCAGACGUGUCGGAUAUGGAGUCAUUGUACCAAAAGGAGAGGAACAUAAGCAAGAUGUUCAUCUUUGAAGCGAACAAGCUUGCCACCAUCAAGAAGAUGGCCAUGGCCGAUGGGAGACUGCAGGCGUGCAGCACCUUCUCGGCCCUCGCUGCCGUGGUUUGGCAGGUUCGGAGCAAGGCCCUCAACAUGAAGCCCGCUCAACUCACCAAGCUCAGGAUUCUGGUCGAUCUCAGGUCAAAGUUCAAGGAACGGCCACUGCCAAAGAACUACUUCGGCAACCUUGUGACCACCAACUGCUGCCUCACCACGGCCGGCGAGCUGGCAGAGCAGCCGAUCUCGUACACGGUGGAGCAGAUCCGGAAGGCGUGCGAUCUGGUGGAUGAGGACUACGUGUGGUCGAGGAUCGACUACGUCGACCUCUAUAGGCCGCCAUUGGCCUCGACAGGCACCCUCGUGAUCAGCUCGUGGACCCGUAUGGCGUAUGGGUGCAGUGACUUUGGGUGGGGCGACCCUACCCAGUUUGGGUGUGGGGACUUGGCGAGGGAGUUGUGUGUGUUCCAGCCCGAGGGCGAGAAGGGUGUCGCGGUCAUGAUGGCCCUCCCGGAGUCCGCCAUGAACACCUUCCAAAAGCUGAUUGAUCAAGUCUAACUGCAUAUGCUUCAUUAAUUGUUUGCUUUCAUUUUCUGUAUGGAAAUUUGAUUGUUGUAAUUUGUUAUUGUUUGUUGCUGAAAAUAUCGCAAGCUAAGUUUGUGUGUGCGCUGUCAACUUGAGGAAAAUGGGGACACUGUUGAGUUGGUCCGUCUCUUUUGUGUUACAUCCAAAUUAAAUGCAGUGAUAGAAACUGAUAUAUAUCAAAAAUUUCAAAUUAGAUUA